UCGCAAUACGCAUGGCAUCGUUUGAACAUGACGUUGUUCUCCAAGUCCUCGUUACCGAAGUCGCCAUAAAGUAGUUGCUACGCGUCAAUGAUAUCUUCGCAUUUGUGGCUCUAUAAACUUGUUGAUGGGAAGUUGCUCAGUUCACUUUGUGUUUUGAAAUGCUGGAUCAGUUGGGUCCGCAGCGCGCUCAUGUGAGCCCAGAGCGCCAACCCAUCCGACCCAAAGGGAAGAGCGCCUCGCGACUGGCAGCAGCAGCGGGGAUGGAAAACAGCAGCGGCAAUAAACCGAAACAAACUGGGCAGGCUUCAUUCACAAAGAAGCUUCUCGUAUGUUCAGACGUCCUGUGCCUUUUUCUAGUUUCCACCCCUUUCUUUUUAAGUGAGCUAAAGGCUGUCAGACCAUACACCAGAGGUUUCAUUUGUGGAGACAGCAGCAUCGCCUACCCACAUCUGCAGUCUGAGGCCAUACCAGACAAAUUGCUCAUUGCUGGCGGUCUCCUCAUCACGGGACUCGGGAUCACUCUAGGGGAAUGUUACCGUGUGCACUUCCAAGGCGUCAACUCCAAAGCCUUUGUCAGGAACAAGUACGUGUCUAGUCUCUACAAGGAGUUGGGCUCCUUCCUGUUCGGCUGCUGCGUCGGCCAAUCCCUAACAAACUUGGCCAAGCUGAGCAUUGGCCGACUGCGGCCGCACUUCUUGUCCGUGUGUGGUGUCACCUACGCGUCACUCAACUGCACGGAAGGAGCUUACUUGGAGUCUGUCAGAUGCCACAAUACUGACUACCGCUCUAUAGAAGAGGCCAGGAAGUCCUUCUUCUCCGGCCACGCCUCUUUUGCGAUGUACACAAUGCUGUAUUUAGCUUUUUAUCUUCAAGCACGGUUGACAUGGCCUGAAGCCCGCCUGCUGAGACCUGUGCUGCAGUUUCUUUUGUUUCUGCUGGCCAUCUACACGGGUCUGACCCGCAUCACUGACAACAAACACCACCCGUCGGACGUACUUUUCGGCUACAUAAUUGGAGCCCUCACUGCAUACUGGGUGGCCUUCUACAUCUCUUCCAUGUUUAAGAGAGCUAUCUUAAAUCAGUCUCAAGUUGAAUCCCAGAAUGAGCACACAUCAGCACAGCACAGCGUCUGCUAAAGCUGACCUCCACCAUCCCUCCCAGCAUCCGUCGGCAAGUAGCCUGUGUGAAUCCCAAGCACGUAGGACUGUGAAGUUAUACCUCGGUAUUUUGGACAAGAUUGUCAGUAAUGGCUGGGCGGGGGGCUGGGGAGUUGACGUACUGAAUGUGACAGAAAAGCGUACACAGCUAUAGUGUAAAAUUCAUCUCUGCGAUAGCAGUUUGAAAGUCAUUGUGACAGUGCGUUGGCGUGUUAAGAAGAAUAGUGUCUGUUGUCAUGGCAACAACAGAUUUCCUACAUUGACUUUUAUGCAUCAGAGGACCCGCCAGGACAAUGUUGGUUUAAAGACACCAUGUUGUAACAGUGUUGUUUUGUUAGUAUUUGGCAGGUGCAUUCACCGGCUUGCUGCUUUUAGCUUCUGAAGGUUUCAUAAUGCUGCCAGUUCAUGUUUAUCAAAAAUGUAUAGAACACUUGACAGCUGUACUAGAAGUAAAGACAUGUUUCCUUAUUAUUGCUUUAAGUAAUGUGCACCUGACCUUGUGACUCGGUUGAGAUGACUGCGUCAAUCACGACAUGUACAUUCAACGUCUUGAUCUGAAAGAAUCGGAACGACAGUUUUAAGAUAAUCUGAAAAAUAUGUAGAUUUUACAAUAUGGCAUCACUGCUCAUAGAAUACAUAACAAACUUUGUGUUCGCGCAUCAUUAAAGCUUUUUAUUUAUGCUU